UUCUCAACUGAAAAUAUCAACAUUGUUUCAUUUUUUCACCUGGGACUAAUAAAAGAAAAGCACGAAGGCUAUUUUUUGACUGAGCCAUCAUUUUUUUGUUUAUUUUUGGAAUGAACCCGUGACAUUUGGUGUCAGGAGUGGGAUGGCCAGUCGACGGAAGCACCCUACUGUGAAGCGUACAGGGCUGCGCUCACAAAAAGUGAAGCAGGACUUACCUGUGGAUGACGGAGGCUGGGCAACUGAAGAUGAGGAAGGUGGCGCCGCUACCUCAAUCAGGCAGCCUGCACCAGGUACCAGGGAGGAGCUUGUGGAGGUCAUGAGGACAUUUCUGAAAGGACAGGAGCAGAGGGACAAGGGGUUUUUGGCGGAGCUGAGAGGGCUUCGGGCCACCUUCCCAGCCCCACAGCUGUCUGUCCCUGUGUCCAGACCUGCAUCACCAUUUGAGGAGUCAACACCGAGUCUCCGGGUGGACCCCCCCACUCCAGCUCCUCGGAGAGGAGCUGGCGCCAAGGAGGCCCCAAGGAUCAGCAUGGAGAGAGCUGAACCCGCGAGACAUGAGGGCCAGCUUUACGGCGACCCCAAGAUCCCUCAAUAUGUCUCAGGGGAGGACAUUGAAAACUACCUGCUACGCUUUGAGCGCAUCGCAAGAACUUGGGGUUGGCCGGAAGGUGAGUGGGCAUGUCGGCUGGUGCCCUUACUCACCGGGAAGGCGUUAGAAGCUUAUACAGCCAUGGAUGAGGAGUCGGCGCACUCCUACCCGGACUUGAAAGCUGCACUGCUGAUCAAGUUCGAUGUUUCACCGGAGACCUACAGGCAGCAGUUUAGGUCCAUAUCAGUGCCAGCUGGAGAGAGCUCGACCGAGACCUACCACCGUCUGAAGGGGCUGUACCGGCGCUGGAUCCGACCGGAGCAGCACUCCAAGGAGCAGAUCGGGGAGCAGAUUAUCCUGGAGCAGCUUCUUCACGUCCUCCCGGCAGACGUCCGCACCUGGGUGAAGGAGCAUGAGCCGACAGAAGGCCUAGCUGCAGCCAGGCUCGCGCUGCAGUAUCGCAACGCGAGGAGGGGAGGCCCCGCUGCUUACCAGGAUGUUCGUCAGCCGUCGUCGCAACCCAGAGCCAGCUUCAACCCACCUAGAGAUCCCGGGCCUGCACCCAGCCAACGUGGUCCCGGUAAGGAGCUCAUCUGUUUUUAUUGUCAGCAGUCAGGACAUAAAGCUGCCCUGUGCCCAAUCAGAAAGGCUAAGCUUACCGGGGCUUGUUACACCCCACGGGCUGAGGACAUGCAAGGGGUAGGGAGAAAACAGUGGUUCAAGGAGGUGUGCAUUAAUGGGGAACCUGUGACUGCUCUGGUGGACUCAGGGAGCUUCAUGACUCUUGUACGGAGGGACUUUGUGCCAACGGGCUUGUUGGAUUACAUUCCGAGCAGGGGUGGCACCCAGUACAAAGCAGCAGCCGGAGCCUGA